AUGUCUCAAGCAUUUUGGUGUCGUGGACCUGGAUUAUCCACUCGGUUCACGAUCGAAGACUACCCCUAUUUACGACCUCAGAAGGCGAAUGGGGUCGAUUAUGCGAGUUUUGUCCAGGCUCAAGUUGAGUUAACCACUAUUUUUGGGAAUGUUCAUGAUAUCCUUUACGCAUCCAAAACUCGUACCGUGCAGCUCAUGCUCAUGGGCGACUACACCAAAUAUCUUGAUGACAGCUCCAAGGCAUUAGCCAUGUGGAAGGAGGCCUGGGCCAAUGUCGAUCUACCUCCUCACUUAAGCGGUCUCCUGUGUCUCCAGUUCGAGUAUCUUCGUCUUUACAUCAAUGCGUUCGCCUUCCAGGCGGUUCUUUAUCGAACGCCCAAAGGUCCUUCUGGAUCUGAUGGUGGAAAGAGCUCAUAUUUUCCAUACAGCGUCAUGGCUAGUGCCGAUGGUAGACACAUAUAUAUUGCCAUUGAUGCAGCCAAAAGCGUGCUUAAGUAUCUUAUGGAGCGGUUGAACCCCACAAAGCACCUCCGGUAUAUUCCUGUCCGGUUCUAUCUAUACGAAAUACAUGCUUCGGUCUUCCUCUUUAAGGCGCUGACCGUUGGGGCUUUAAGCUCCGAGGAACAACAGACCUGUACCACACUAGUUCGCCAAUUCAUCGCCAUGCUCAAAAGCGCAUCUACAAGCCCGUCUCACAUCGCCUCCAGAUACGGCAAGUUGCUCACAGGUCUGUGGUUCCAGGGACAGGCCACACCCGAGACAGCAGACGACUUUGUUCAAUCGAGGCACUCGGCGCAAAACCCGCUACCAAGCCCCAUAGACCUUGACGAAUUUACAAAUACGUCCGUGAUGGACAGUACAGGCCCUUUCCAGGAUGAAUUCUCGACCCAACAGGUAUUAUCGUUCCUGGAGCCAACUGAAGGUUUGGAAUGCCCUGACACUUUCCUAUCUAACUUGCCGUUUCUUCGAGGCGGAUUCCCUGACUUGGAUAACCAUGGCGAUACCGACGCUAAUUCCCCGCAAAAUCAUGCCCGUGACCGUGCCUACCCCGGAUUCCAAUUCGGGAAUAGUGUUACCCCGCAUCAGCAAGAUUGUCGAUCGAUGGCACUUGCUGUCUCUAAUCAUCUCCUAAUCAGCCUUUCGGCAUGUGGAGCGUCUAUGCUUUUUGGUUUUGAUAUGGGUGUCAUUGGAGGUGUCCUAACCAUGAACUCCUUCAAAGAACAAUACGGGCUAGUAGGAAAGGAAGACACUGUUUUAGCAAACCUGGAGUCCAACAUCGUCUCGGUCAUUCAAGCAGGGUCUUUUCUGGGGGCGCUAGUCUCCACAUACGUUGCAAAUGCCAUUGGACGACGAUUAUCACUGAUACUCUCUUCAUUGAUACUGUUUGUCGGUGUUGCUCUGCAAGCCGGCGCUAGUGGUAUUAUUGGCGUUUUGUAUGCAGGACGCUUCAUCGGGGGAGUCUCCAUCGGGAUAGCAUCUUCCGUGUGUCCAAUAUAUAUCGCUGAAAACGCACCACGCGGCAUCCGUGGAUUACUGACCGGGUUCUAUCAGUUAACUCUAGUUUGCGGUCUCACGCUAGCGUUCUGGAUCAAUUACGGCUGUGAACGUCACUUAACAAGAAAGGAGCAAUUCAUUAUUCCUCUUUCGCUUCAAGCAUUUCCCGCCGUGAUCCUUCUGGCCGGUAUGCUUCUUGCAAACGAGUCGCCGCGGUACCUCGCGAUGAAGCGGCCGGAGAGAGCACCACGCGUCCUUGCCACACUCCGGGGGUUACCUGAAGACCAUCCAUAUGUGAUAGAGGAGUUGAACAACCUGCGGCUUCAACUGGAAGAAGAGUCCCAGCACUCGGAAUCAUCGAUGUGGUCUCUUCUAAAAGAAUCCUUUUCGAAGAAGUCCUACCGCCGGCGAUCAAUCCUAUGCAUUACCCUCAUGAUGUGGAGUAAUAUGACGGGCACCAACGCCAUGACAUACUAUUCGCCCACCAUCUUCGCAAGUGUCGGCCUAUCGUCCUCGUCGGUGGGCCUGUUUGCGACGGGGAUAUACGGUAUCGUCAAGUUUAUAGCCUGUGGCAUCUUCAUCGUUUUCGUAUCGGACACACUCGGUCGCAGAAGAUCGUUGUUGUGGACAGGGAUUGUUCAGGGCAUCAUGCUAUUUUAUGUCGGGUUUUACGUCCGAUUUGAUACGAUAUCGGAAAACGCCCCCAUCACACCUCAAGGAUACAUCGCCCUAAUCGCCAUAUAUCUCUUUGCCGCCGUAUAUCAAUUUGGGUGGGGACCAGUGGAAAUCCCCCCGGCACGCCUCCGGGCCCUCAACAUGGGCAUGGCCACAGCCUCGCAGUGGUUCUUUAAUUUUGUUGUUGCCAAAUCCACACCGACGAUGUUCGCGACAUUAGGGAAAAAUGGGUACGGGACUUAUUUUGUGUAUGGGAGUUUCUGUUUCGUGAUGGUUAUAUAUACUUGGUUCUUUGUGCCGGAAACCAAAGGGCUAUCGUUGGAAUUUAUGGACGAGCUUUUCGAACGGGAUACCGUGCGUGACAAGUUUAUGCCGACGCGCGAUGUUCAUUACUUGGCGGGUAAGGGGCAAGAAGAGUAA